AUGUCUCUGGUCAGCCCGAUUAGCAGCGAGACCGGCAUUCGGAACUUCCAGCGCGAGAUAGUGGAUAACGCAGUUCAGAAGCUAGUCGACGAGGCGUGCAGCAACACACGACCCCGAUGUGACAUCGGCUCGCAAAGGACCGUGACUUUCGGAAGCCACAACCAUCUCAGACAGACCCACGAGGCCCUCUCCGCUGCUAUGGAGCAUAUGCCUGUUGAGAGACCACUAAACCGCAAGCCCCGACGCAGAGCUAGAGCGAAAGGCAAUGGGGAAGAUCAGUUCUGCAUAUACCACACUUCUGACGGCCAAACAUUCCGGCCCUGGCGAUUGAGUACAAAGCCACAAAGGAACUCGGCAGGAGGCAGCAAGAAGAUUUACAGAUACAACUGA